CACAUUGUAUUAUUAGUUUGUUGGCUUUGAAAUUUGUGUGUCCGAAGAUUUUUUAUAUAUUUUAACUGUAUCAUCUUGUACGUUGCGCUUUAUAAAAAAUAUAUAAUGAGUCCCAAAAGUGCGAGUGCAAAAAAAACAGAUGUUUCGUCGAUCGGAAAAUUAUAUCUCAUAGCAUAUAAUACUGUACAAACUUUAGGAUGGGGAUAUCUGUUGUUACAAACUUUAAUGCAUUUCCUGAAUCGAGGCACUCUGGACAACUAUUGGACCGAAAUCAAGUGGACUGUAGUAAUAUUCCAGAAUGCUGCAAUACUUGAGGUGGUGCACGCGGCCACCGGGCUGGUGCCGUCGGGCGUGGCGACGACGCUGGCGCAGGUGUACUCGCGCGUGUUCCUCGUGUGCGGCGCGCUGCUCGCCACCACCGGCGCCACGCUCAGCCCCGGCCUGCCGCUCUGCGUGCUCGCCUGGUCCAUCACGGAGACCAUCCGAUACGCGUACUACGCUCUCAACCUCGUCAAGUUGGUGCCGCAUUUCCUACUAGUCACCAGGUACUCCACGUUCCUGGCGCUGUACCCGCUGGGCGUGACGGGCGAGCUGCUGUGCAUGUACCACGCGCUGGACGAGAUCGCCGAGCGGCAGCUCUGGUCCGUAUCGAUGCCCAACCCAUACAACUUCGUGUUCAGCUACUACCACUUCCUAGUUUUCUACAUGUUCCUGUAUGUUCCUCUGUUCCCCGUACUUUUCGGUCACAUGAUGAGCCAAAGAAGAAAAAUGUUGGGAAAAGACCCAAAGAAAACCCAUUGAUUGAAUAAUACGGGGUUAUUACAUAAGUACAUAGUUGUUUAGCGGAAAUACUAGAGGCAAUCACUUAGUGGUUACCUUAUUUGGCAAGCACUAAAUGUAAAUUCCUAUUUAUUAUUUUUAACCUUAAUUGUAAGAAAGCGUUUGCGAUAUGUAUUAUUUUACUAAUAAGUUAGUGACCAUUCUAUAUGAGGAUUGUGGACUGUGUGACAAAAUUAGUUACAAUAUUAG